AUGUUUUUUGUUUUCGAAGCAUUCCAUCGUCGGCCAUAUGAAUCGAGAAUAAUCGCAUACGCACGCAUGGCGGUGGCAGUUGUAUUGGCUCUGGCUUUCUUUGCAUAUUGUGUAUACAUCAUAUACCAGGUCCGAUUCGACAAGACACUCCUGCGUCAAUCUACGGAGCCUAUGCAAAGCCCUUACGAAGUUCCGUUUGUUGAAAUCUGUGCUCAAGAUAGUGGUAUCACAUUCCCACGAUGUGACAUGAUGCACAUGAAUUGGUCAUACAGCACACUGGAGGACUGUAACGGCUAUGUAACCAAGGGUGAUGAAGAAGGCACUGAAUCCCAAUGCUAUCUCCUGGAUACUGAAGGAGCCUACAAAUACGGCGUUGAAGAAGAUUAUGAUGAGGAUGCACCUGAAGUACGACGUGUGGAUAUAUACUGGAAGCUGGAUAGUGUCCAAAAUGUCACGGAAGCAAGUAUAUCAAUUCCCACUGUGACGAUCCAAAUUUAUGAUCCUCGAUUCAACCCAUGGAACGAUGCUGUGCUAGACAGCAUGAUACCACAAGAGAAACAAUUUUAUACAGAGAUGCAACAAGGUGAUGCACGCUCAACGUCCUUGGUAAAUUGGACAAGUGCUAUUUUUUUCUCGCCCAUGAAAUAUCGUGCCAUUCGUCCUGCUGAUGGUGCUUCUUUGCUUGGUUUUGAACCAACUUUUGUGGAUAUUUACACAAUCGAUACGACUGAAAUGAAUUGGCCAAUGCAUUACGAGGAUAACGUCAACCUUACGAGUGGGGAUUAUCAUGGCAUGUUUUCAGUGCAAUUAGCUAAAGCCAAGUAUGAUGUCAGGACGGAGCAGCGACAACAUAGUCUCUUGUCAGCUUUAGCUGCUGCAGGUGGUGCCUAUGGUGCCAUUACGGCUGUGUAUGCUCUAUUGUUUGGUAUGGUGCGUCACUCGCCGUGGGGUCUCUUGGAUACGGUUGCAUUCUCUAGUGGACGUGUUUCUCGAAAACUUGCAUCUAAAAGAAGCAAUGGCAAUAACUCUGGUAAUACGACCAACGAAAUGACGAGUAGUAAACCAAGCAAGCCAUUGCUCCAUACCACUCGACGCUAUGACAAAUCAGCAGAUUCAUCCCCGGCAUCAUCUGAAGAUGAAGGUGUUGGAAUUGCAUUAUCCAACAUUGAAGCACCGCCACCUUCAGCCAACGUAUGUCCUCCAGCGUCAGACAUUCGUUAUGCCAAAGACCCCUCUUCGCCAACCAGCAUUGAUCCAACCAUGGAGAAAUUAGAAAAUGUCGUUGAUCGGGUACAAUUCUUGGAAGAGCGGUUCAACAACCUCCAACAUGUGCUAGGUGAAUACUACCUUGAUAUGGAUAACUUUAAAGCAAUCCAAUCAGCCACUCAAGUACGUCGUCGACGAAGGGAACCAUCACCAUGA